CUUUCACCUGCAUGGAGUUUGAGAUCGUCAAGGAGUCUGUGUUGACGAUGACUGAGGACGACCUGAUGCAGAUUCCCCUGGAGACUUUCUGUGAGUGCAGCCACUUCUAUGUGGAGUUCUUGGACCACAGGUGUGAGCACAAUCCACGCACGUGUGAAGCCUUUUGGGAAAAAAUCCUGGAGUCGUGUAUGGUGACAGGCCUGCCUGUAGUGAAUGUCCUGGAGGAUCUGCCUGGUUAUUUCAUCCAGCACUUCGUCCCACCGGAGGACAUGGAGCACCUAGACAUGAACGACACCGCCAUCUUGGAGAGGAUCGCUGAUAUACCUUUGGACGACAUCCACGCCACCGUGCUGUACCGUAAGCUGGAGAAAGAGCUGGGCAACGUCAGUUUCUACGACCACCCGGACUUCAACAAGAACCCCUCGGCCUACAAACUCUAUAGCAAAGGCAUGACCACGGACCACGCCCACUCCAUGCGGGCUGACGACACGUUUAUCGACAUGCUCCCGACCCUCGCCACGUCCUUUGAGCAGUCCAACAAGAAAAAGACUGCCAUGAUUUACGAGAAAAUCGCCGAGAGUUUCAACUUGGGCUCUGCCCGUGACGUGUGUGUGGACGAGAGUAUGGUGGCUGACGUGGCUCCGUACUUCAUCCAGGCCAGUGAAGAAGACAUGAGAAAGCUGACCCCUGACUCCCGGUACAACAUCCUCAAACAGAUCGGAGAAACAAAGAAGUACACCCGCAAGAUGACCAGGCCCAAAAUCCGACUUUUCUUCGCUCUACAGCUGGAGACCAAAGACGUGCGAGCCCCGUACGACUCGGCCGACAUCGAGGCUGUGGGCAAGUACCUGUGGUGUGGCAUGGAUGCCAGCCACGUGACCCAUGUGUCCAGCCAGGCCAUCGAGGAGUACCUGCACGUGUUUGACAGCUGUGACCAGCUGGACCAGGAGACAAGGAAGGAGCUCUCGGAUACUUAUGUCAAUUAUGUCGGAGGAAUCUUCAGCAUCAUCGACCAGCCGGACAAAGCAGAGGCCAUGGGUUCUCUGUUGAUGUACGUAGACAUCACGACAGCCAGUACGCUCCCAGCAAAGAAGGAUAAGUUGGAAAAGUUUGAAGUUCUGAUGUCGGAAGUGCUUGAGCUGGCUGAGUCCCGGUCCCGUCGGCUGCAGGAAAAGAGUGGAAGAGAUAUACCCGAGGAGGAGAAGGAGACGGAGAAACGAUUCAGGAAAUCACUGACUCACGGCCUUUUUGGUGUCAAACAUACAGGAGGGGGUCCACUGGACUGCAGAAGUCUCAUGGCUUUCCACGGCGAUCUGUCGUUCCUGAACGAGACAGACAUCGUCGAUAUGCCCAUGAGGGAGUUCGAGAACUGCAUUGAAGAGUUCCAAAAGUCAGACUGGAACGACGACCAGUUCAUGGCGAUCGGGACAAAGCUCAAAGAGUUCGGGAACGACACAUCUAUGUGGAAUCCGACAAUGACCAUGAAAGCUGGGCCUCUCAUUCGUGGCCUUGACCCCAUGGACCUGCUCAACAUGACCUUCACCAAGGACACACUAGCGGUUCUGGGGCAGUUUGACCUUGGUGCUAACAUGUCCGGUGACAUCGUAGACAAGUACGCCCGGGACAUGGGUAUGUUCGACAUGUCCAGUCUGACGGUGGACGAGUUGGGCGCCCUGGGCAAGAUGGUGUGUGGCAUAGCCGCGGACAUGAUCGCCACCAUGGACGCUCGCACUGUCAGUGAAGCCGCCCGGCACCUGAAAGAGGCGGAAUGUCUGGACACUGACCAACUGGAGGAGUUUGGCAAGAAACUGGAGGAGGACCUGGGCCGUGAUUGGUCCCACUUCACACCAGACAAGAUUGAGGAGCUCGGAGUUCUCAUGG